GAGAAGUUUAUUAUCUUAAAUUGAUUUUCCACAUGUGUGCUAGGAGGCCAGUAACGUUAAUCCACGUUUUUACUAAGAUAUUUGAGAUCAAGUAACGUAAAUUAUAACUUAAUUGAUUUACCAGUGUGUAGAAGAAUCGUUUAGCUCGGUAUUUAUCUCCACACAGCUCGUGAUAAACCUGCUCUUGGAGGUGAAGUUGUUUCAGUCGCAGAUACAGAGAAUAUUCUAGAAUUACAGACGGACGAGAUUUCAUUUCAACAAGCACCUGUUAACGUUAUUUAUUUCGCGAAAUCUCUGAUUAAUCUGUAGUUCGCGGGGUUUUUCAGGGUCGCUUUGUUGUCAGUUUAACUUUCGAAGAGUUACCAUGGUAACCGUAGCCUCCCGCCAGUGAAUCUGCAGAAGAUGUCGGGAAAUAAAGCGGUGGAGCUGCAGAUCCAGAUGCGACAGAACGCAGAAGAUCUGCAGAACUUCCUGAAGGAGCUGAACAACUGGGAGGAAGAAGUCAAGGAGAAAGACCAGCAGCUUCGCUCCGGAGACAUCAGCGAGCCGCCGAAAACUCUCCCGCCGGUGAGGAACAGAGAUUAUAAGAAGACGAAGAAGAGCAUGAAGCGGCGGACCGACGGCGCUCUGAAAGAGCAAAAGGAGACGCAGCGCAUAAAAUCCUACGAUUAUCAGGCCUGGGACAAGUUCGAUGUGGAGAAGGCGCUGGACGCCGAGGAGAGCCCGGUCCACUCCAACGAGUCGGACUCAGAAGAGCCUGCGGUGGACAGAGAUCUAGCGCUGACCGAGAAAGAGAAGGGGAAUGAGUUCUUCCGUGUUGGCCGGUACGACAGCGCCAUCGAGUGUUACACCCGAGGAAUGGACGCGGAUCCGUACAACCCUGUCCUGCCCACCAACAGAGCGGCAUGUUUCUACAGACUCAAGAAGUUCGGCGUGGCGGAGUCCGACUGUAAUUUGGCCAUCGCUCUGGACGGGAAAUACACCAAAGCGUACAUCAGGAGAGCGGCGGCGCGCGUGGCGCUCAACAAACACCAGGACGCUCUCCAAGAUUACGAGAUGGUUCUCCAGCUGGAUCCUGGAAGCGCGGAGGCUCAGACGGAGAUCCAGAAGCUCCAGCAGGUGCUGGGAUCCAGCGGACGGACGGCGGAGAAGAGCGAGAGCCAGGCGGAGCCGUCACAACACACACAGGAACAGCAGAGGAAACAGGAAGCAGUCGUGCAGAAGGACAGAGGAAAUGCUUACUUUAAAGAAGGCAAGUACGAGGCGGCGGUGGAGUGUUACUCCAGAGGAAUGGAGGCUGAUGGGACGAACGCACUGCUGCCCGCCAACAGAGCCAUGGCCUUCCUCAAACUCCACAGGUUCAGCGAGGCCGAGCAGGACUGUAACACGGCUCUCGCUCUGGACGCCUCGUACGCCAAAGCCUUCGCCCGACGAGCCACGGCCCGAGCCGCGCAAGGCAGGACCCGAGAGGCCACAGACGACUUCCAGCAGGUCCUGAAGCUGGAGCCAGGAAACAAACAGGCCAUGAGCGAGAUCCAGAAACUCUCCGAGGACAUGAGGAGCCGCGGUCUUCUGGCUCCAGAGGAGAACAAACAGAGGAGAAGCAUCCAGCACAUCCACAAACCUGAACAUCUCCGAUCCACCAAACCCUUGAGGAGGAUCGAGAUCCAGGAGGUGGGUGGAGAGAUCUCACCGUCCACGUCUUCACCGCUUCACAAGACCCAGAAGACGGAGGAGAUCUCGGACGCUCCUGUGUCCCAGAAGACGGAGGAGAUCUCGGACGCUCCUGUGUCCCAGAAGACGGAGAUCUCGGACGCUCCUGUGUCCCAGAAGACGGAGAUCUCGGACGCUCCUGUGUCCCAGAAGACGGAGAUCUCGGACGCUCCUGUGUCCCAGAAGACGGAGGAGAUCUCGGACGCUCCUGUGUCCCAGAAGACGGCGGAGGUCUCAGACGUGUCCAGGGCCGAUGCUGAAGCGAUUCCUCCUCCCAGCAACAGUUUCCAGCUGGAGGCCGAUCUCAGGAAGAUCAGACGUUACCCACAAUCCACUUACAGAUAUCUGAAGCAAAUCAGUCCAGACGCUUAUCUGAAGAUCUUCCAGAACUCUCUGGAGCCUGAUGUUCUCAACCACAUCCUCAGGAGCUUCCACAGCUGCUUUCAAGCUGAAGAUGCGUCUCUCCUGCUGUCCGUCCUGAGGAGCCUGGCGAGCGUGAGGAGGUUUGACAUGAGCGUCAUGUUCAUGUCGUCCGCCGAGAAGAAAAUCUUACAGGAGCUGUUCGACUGGAUUCACUGCGCCGGAGCGGGAGACGCUUCUGAGCAAGACUUACAGAAGAAAUACGGCCUUUGACCUCUGUUUGGACUGAAAACUGGAGCUCGGUCAUCAGUAUGAGGUGAAGCCGAACUGGAAACAUCACCGAUUCAGUGUGAAUGAAUCCGACCUCAGAAAAGACGCUUUGUGCCUUUAAACUCCUGCAUGAGUGUGUCUCCGGUGCAGAUGAGCAGAACUACAGAUGAUAUUAAUAUGACUCAUGCGUCUUCACAAUCUGCUUCUGUACUAAAUGCAAUAUUAAAGUCAACAUGAAAUCCAAA